AUGAAAGAAAAAGACUCUGAGAGGAAGGGGCCGGGGGUGAGGGACGCCCCCGCACCCCGGGGCGCGGCGCCGGGGCCGCCCGGAGGGGAGAGGCCGGGGGCGGGCGGGCGGCUGGGGCCUAGCGCCUCGGCAGGCGCCGCCGCCGCCAUCGCGGCCGCCUCUCCCGCGGGGCGGGGGAGCGGGGACGCGGCCGGGUCCUCACCUGCCUCUCCUCGGCGUGGCGGGUGGGAGAAGGAGGGGGGGAGGGAAGGAAGCGGGGCCCCCCCCGCUCCUCCCGGAGCCAAGGCGACCCGGGGAGGGAAGGGGGGGAGGAGGGGAAGGGAGGAGGGACGAGGAGCAGGAGGAGGGAGCCGGGCGCUCCGGUGCGUGCGGGGAGCCGGAGCCUCGCUGCGGGAGGAGGAGGAGGAGACUCCCCGCCCCUACGGCCGGGCUCUCCGGCGGGCACCGCGGCUCCUCCUCCGCUGCGCGCUUCCCCCCGCCCCCGCGGCCGCCCCAUGCGCCCGGGGCCAGGCUCGCCGCGCCUGCCGGCCGGGGCAGCGUCUCCACGCCCGAGUCGGAGGCCGCGGGGAGGAGCCGGGCGGCCCCCGCGGAGCCGGGCUGGCGGCGGCGGAGGCGGCCCCGGCCCCUUCCAGCGCGCCACUGUGCGCGGAGCAGCUGCCCCCCUGGCGGGCCCGCGGUGCGGAGGCGGCGGGGAGGGAGCCGGGGCUUGGCUUACCCUGCCCUGUGCUGCGCUGCCCCGCGGCUCGGCCGAGGACAGCCGCCUCCCCCUGUCCUUAUCUGCUCGGACUGGACGCGGGGUUGGGUCGCGGGACCCUUGUCAGGGUAAACACGGGGAGGGGGGGCGGGGGGCGGCUGAGCUGCUUCCCCCGCUUCCCAACGUGUCAGACGGGUGAGCUCGCUAAGCCUCUCUCGACGGAGAAGCUGAACCUGAACGAUUUCGGCAGCGGAGCCCUUCGGCGCGGUGUGGGAAAGGCGAGCAAAAAUAACUUUAAACUGCUCGACCAGGCAUCUCCAGGCUUCUGAUUUGUCCUGCUCAUUAUCACUGUACUUCUUGAGUAUCCGGCUCUCGGGGGGAAAGGAGCAGAACAGAACCCAACCUGAGCCCCCCUCCACGAGUGCUGAAGCCAGUGAUGAUACAUACGUCAUGGCUGCUCGGAACCUUUUUGUUCAUAUUCUUCAAAGGCGAAAAAAAGGCUGCUAUGAAGGUUCAGGAGAACUAAGUACAUGCCGUGAAUUCAGAACUGGAAGCUGUAA